GAAUUCGCGGCCACAGCUUCUUCCUCUUCUUCAUCCCUCACCCAACUCCAGCACACCUCCCUCCGUGUGCAUCUUCGCUGCACUCUUCGCUCGGAUAUCAGGACCAAAAAAAUCAGAAAAUCCAGAAAAUCCGUCCCGGCUCUCACCCAGUCGGCAAAAACUGACCGCGCUCGUCCAGUCGCUUGACCGCUCCGAGUACAUUUACCACGCACUAUUCUCCCACCGUCGACUCCCGGCCGAGAACCAUCAUCGCCAGUCCUGCCCGCCAUGUCUGACGUCCAGAACUCGACUUCGCCUGCUGGCCAGGUCGCGAGCCCGCCAGCCGAUGCCGCCAACGGCACUCAGGUCAACACCGCAGUGCCUGCCGCCGGCGAGAACGAAGCGACUCCAUCCUCCGCCGCGCCAACCGCCAACCCGAACUCCGCCUCGCUCUACGUGGGCGAGCUCGACCCAUCAGUCACCGAGGCCAUGCUCUUCGAGCUGUUCUCCUCCAUCGGUCAGGUCGCCUCCAUCCGUGUCUGCCGCGAUGCCGUCACCCGCCGCUCACUCGGAUAUGCCUAUGUCAACUACAACAGCGGAGCUGAUGGCGAGCGCGCGCUUGAGGAGCUGAACUACACCCUGAUCAAGGGCAAGCCAUGCCGCAUCAUGUGGUCCCAGCGCGACCCAGCUCUGCGCAAGACCGGCCACGGCAACAUUUUCAUCAAGAACUUGGAUGCCGCUAUCGACAACAAGGCCCUCCACGAUACCUUCGCCGCUUUCGGCAACAUCCUCUCCUGCAAGGUCGCUCAGGACGAGCAGGGCAACUCGCGCGGCUACGGAUUCGUGCACUACGAGACCGCUGAGGCCGCCAACGCUGCGAUCAAGAGCGUCAACGGCAUGUUGCUGAACGAGAAGAAGGUCUUCGUCGGCCACCACAUCCCGAAGAAGGACCGCAUGAGCAAGUUCGAGGAGAUGAAGGCCAACUUCACCAACAUUUACGUCAAGAACAUCGACACUGAGACUACCGACGACGAGUUCCGCGAGUUGUUCGAGAAGUACGGCGAGAUCACCUCUGCUUCGUUGGCUCGUGACCAAGAGGGCAAGGUCCGCGGUUUCGGUUUCGUGAACUACAUCCGUCACGAGGACGCUGCUAAGGCUGUCGAAGAGCUGAACGACAGCGAUUUCAAGACCCAGAAGCUGUACGUUGGUCGUGCGCAAAAGAAGCACGAGCGCGAGGAGGAGCUGCGCAAGCAGUACGAGGCUCAGCGCCAGGAGAAGAGCGCCAAGUACAUGGGCGUCAACCUGUACGUCAAGAACUUGGCCGAUGACAUCGAUGACGAGGAACUCCGCAAGAUCUUCGAGUCGUACGGAUCCAUCACUUCUGCCAAGGUCAUGCGCGACACCACUCCAGCCGACCAGGUCGAGAAUGCCGACGAGAAGAAGAAGGAGGAAGGCGAGAGCAGCGAGGAGAAGAAGGACGAGGAGGAGGGUGACAAGAAGGAGGAUGGCACCGAGGAGAUCACCAAGAAGCUCGACACUGUUACUAUUGGUGGCGAGAAGAAGGUGCUUGGCAAGAGCAAGGGCUUCGGCUUCGUCUGCUUCUCCAACCCUGACGAGGCUACCAAGGCUGUCACUGAGCUGAACCAGAAGAUGAUCCACGGCAAGCCGCUUUAUGUGGCUCUGGCGCAGCGUAAGGAGGUCCGCAAGAGCCAGCUUGAGGCUAGUAUCCAAGCUCGCAACCAGGUCCGCAUGCAGCAACAGGCCACCGCCGGUGGCAUUCCACCACAAGCAUUCAUGCAGCCACAGUUCGUCCUCGGACCAAACGGCCAGCCCAUGAUGCUCCCAGGCGGCGGUCGUGGCCAGAUGCCAUUCCCACAGGGCAUGCCUCAGCAGGGCGGUCGUGGCGGCUUCCCAGGUAUGCCUCAGCAAGGUGGUCGUGGAGGCCCGGGUGCCAUUCCACAGAUGCCUCAGAUGCCAUACGGCUUCCCUCCUCAGAUGGCUGGUCUUCCGCAAGGCUACGGCAACCCAGCUGCAUACGCUCAGCUCAUGCAGGCUGCUCAACAGGCUGCUAUGGGCGGUCGUGGUCGUGGCGGCCCAAUGCCUGGCAUGCCAAUGAUGCCUGGAAUGCCCGGUAUGCCACCACAGAUGCCAGCCGGUCAAGGCUUCGGCCGCGGCGGUCCAUCUCAGCGUGGAGGUCCAAUGGGCGGCCAGCAAGAGCAGCGCGGCCGUGCUCAAAACCGUGGUCCUGGUGCACCAGGCCUCGACAUUGCCACCCUCCAGCAAGCACCACCAGCCCAGCAGAAGCAGAUGCUGGGUGAGGCUCUGUACCCCAAGAUUCAGGCUCAGCAGCCAGAGCUUGCCGGCAAGAUCACCGGUAUGCUUCUCGAGAUGGACAACGAGGAGCUCCUUGGUCUGACCACCAACGACGACGCUCUCCGCGAGAAGGUCCAGGAGGCUCUCAACGUCUACGAUGAGUACCUCAAGACCCACGCCCAGCAGCAAGGCGAGGAGGCAGGCCAGGCCAACGGCGUGGAGAACGCUGAGCCAGCUGGCGAGGAGAAGGCUUAGAAAGGCCACUCUGUCUACCAGGGCAAGCCCAUGCAACGCAUGGCUCCACCAAUGAUGGCUAUGGCGCGCUGAUGGAGGGGAGUGCUUCACUGCACUACUCCUCUUCCUUACGACCCCACUAGAGACGUGGCCACGCUGCCGUGCGCUGCUCUUUCCGAUGCCAUUACACCGAUGCUUUCACGUUGACUGCGCUGCGGUGCAAUGGCGUGGUGUUACUGACGAUACCCCUUAAGGAGCUCAUGAUGAUAUGUAUGGCUCUUAGCAUCGGAAUUUGUACUUGUAGUAUUGUACGAGCUGAAUGUCAUACGAUGAAAUGUUCACUGUCUUCUUCCUU